GUCCGAGUCUCUGGGAGGCGGCCAAUGAGUGCACUCCGGGAAAGUGGCGAGGCCAAUAUGGCUUCCUGCACCUUGUGACGGUUGAAGAAACUCUGUUAGGUCCCAUGGAGAAACCCCGGGGCGUUGAGGAGCCUCCUUCAGAAGCAAUGGAGGAAGAAGAGGAAGAUGACUUGGAGCUCUUUGGUGGCUAUGACAGUUUCCGGAGUUAUAACAGCAGUGCGGGCAGCGAAAGCAGCUCCUAUCUAGAGGAGUCAAGUGAAGCAGAAAAUGAGGAGAGAGAAGCAGGGGAGCUGCCCACCUCUCCCCUGCAUUUGCUCAGCCCUGGGACUCCCCGCUCCUUGGACGGCAGUGGUUCUGAGCCAGCUGUCUGUGAGAUGUGUGGUAUCGUGGGUACAAGGGAAGCCUUCUUCUCCAAGACCAAGAGAUUCUGCAGUGUCUCCUGUUCCAGGAGCUACUCCUCCAACUCCAAGAAAGCCAGUAUCUUGGCUAGAUUACAGGGAAAACCACCUACCAAGAAAGCUAAAGUCCUGCACAAAGCAGCCUGGUCUGCCAAAAUCGGAGCCUUCCUCCACUCGCAAGGGACAGGACAACUAGCAGAUGGGACACCAACGGGGCAAGACGCGCUGGUCUUGGGUUUCGACUGGGGGAAGUUCCUGAAGGAUCACAGUUACAAGGCUGCCCCUGUCGGCUGUUUUAAACACGUCCCACUCUAUGACCAGUGGGAGGAUGUGAUGAAGGGGAUGAAGGUGGAGGUGCUCAACAGUGACGCAGUGCUCCCCAGCCGGGUGUACUGGAUCGCCUCUGUCAUCCAGGCAGCAGGGUACCGAGUGCUGCUCCGGUACGAAGGCUUUGAAAAUGACGCCAGCCAUGACUUCUGGUGCAACCUGGGAACUGUGGAUGUCCACCCCAUCGGCUGGUGUGCCAUCAACAGCAAGAUCCUGGUGCCCCCACGGACCAUCCAUGCCAAGUUCACCGACUGGAAGGGCUACCUGAUGAAACGGUUGGUGGGCUCCAGGACGCUUCCUGUGGAUUUCCACAUCAAGAUGGUGGAGAGCAUGAAGUACCCCUUCCGGCAGGGCAUGCGGCUGGAGGUGGUGGACAAGUCCCAGGUGUCACGGACCCGCAUGGCCGUGGUGGACACGGUGAUUGGGGGUCGCCUGCGGCUCCUCUACGAGGAUGGCGACAGUGAUGACGACUUCUGGUGCCACAUGUGGAGCCCUCUGAUCCAUCCAGUGGGUUGGUCACGGCGUGUUGGCCAUGGCAUCAAGCUGUCAGAGAGGCGCAGCGACAUGGCCCACCAUCCCACUUUCCGGAAAAUCUACUGUGAUGCUGUUCCUUACCUGUUCAAGAAGGUUCGAGCUGUCUACACUGAAGGUGGCUGGUUCGAGGAGGGGAUGAAACUGGAGGCCAUUGAUCCCCUGAAUCUGGGCAACAUCUGCGUGGUGACCAUCUGCAAGCUGCUCCCGGAGCACCUGCUCUGUGAAGAGGGGACUUAUCUGCUCUCUGCUCAGAAUCUGCUUUCAUGUCAGGAUCUGAGCAAACCUCCUCCAGGCCGGGCCCGUGUACGCACACCACUGAGACCACAAUGGCAAAAAGACAGAUGUAGACCCUGCCAGCAUGGCGUUCGCUGUCCAGUGGGGAAGGUUCUCCUGGAUGGCUACCUGAUGAUCUGUGUGGAUGGGGGGCCCUCCACAGAUGGCUCCGAUUGGUUCUGUUACCAUGCCUCCUCCCACGCCAUCUUCCCAGCCACCUUCUGCCAAAAGAAUGACAUUGAGCUCACACCCCCAAAAGGGUAUGAAACACACACUUUCAACUGGGACGCCUACUUGGAGAAGACCAAGUCCAAAGCUGCUCCGUCAAGACUCUUUAACAUGGACUGCCCCAACCACGGCUUCAAGGUGGGCAUGAAGCUGGAGGCCGUGGACCUGAUGGAGCCCCGCCUCAUCUGCGUGGCCACCGUGCGGCGGGUGGUGCAUCGGCUUCUCAGCAUCCACUUCGAUGGCUGGGACAGCGAGUAUGACCAGUGGGUGGACUGUGAGUCCCCAGACAUCUACCCUGUCGGCUGGUGCGAGCUCACCGGCUACCAGCUGCAGCCACCCGUGGCCACAGAGUCAACCACACCUCUGAAGGCCAAAGAGGCCACGAAGAAGAAAAAGAAACAGUUUGGGAAGAAAAGGAAAAGAAUACCACCGACCAAGACCCGGCCCCUGAAACAGGGGUCCAAGAAGGCCCUGCUGGAUGGGGACGCGCAGGCCGCUGACAAGAUCUCAGCGGAGCCCGUUCCUGAUGAGAUCAUCGCCAUACGUGUGAAGGAAGAGCAUGUGGACACGGCCAUGCCUGACAAGGCCCCCAGUCCAGAGCUGCCUGUUUCCAUUGAGAACAUCAAACAGGAGACAGACGACUGAGCCUGCCCUGCAGCCAGCCUGGCCACCUAGCUGGAAGCCAGCCCAGGCUCCUCCAUGCCCCCACCCCACCAUGCCACUGCAGUUUGGAGACUGAUCCUUUUUGCAUAAAUUCUGCCUGGUGCUGGGAGGGCCACGCAUGGAAAGAAGGACCAGCUGGGCUCUCCUUCCGCCCGCCUUGUGGCCUCUGCCCUCCUUUGGGACUGCCUGAGGCCCCCACACUUGUCUGAGUGACUCCCUCUCCAGCUAGAGUCCCCGAAGCACUCCCUUUCGGUAGCCUCCCUCCACAUCCACUGUACCCCUCAGUUGCCAGGAGGUGGGGGCUGUCCCCCAGUCACACUCAAGACAGGACAUUGGAGAGAGGGUGCAUGUGCGUGCCCAAGCAAGUUGUAAGUAAAGGCCUGCAGCCUCUCAAGGGAGAGACAGCUGUGCCUGGUGUGGGCACAGCCUUUGCCUAAAAAUCUAACCAAGUGGAGUGGCCUCCUGCCUCCUGGGUCGGCUCUGCUCCUCCUAGCACCCUAGGCAGGUGGGAGACCCUGUGCUGGCACCCAGCUCUGAGAAGCGGGGACCAGGCUGUGGGUUUAUUUCGGUACUGGCGAGGUAGCCUUGACCUAUUUUCUCUGUUGGCGUGAGCACUGACCCCCAUUUCUAAAAGGAACAGUGGAGCAGAAUUGGGAUGUGCUCCUUGGGUUGGGGGGCUUGCAGGGGCCGAGGGAAGGAAAGAUCACCCCAGCCCCUGUGCCACUUGAUGAGACCUGUGGGGCGGGGCAGGGCAGGACCAGAAGGUGAGUGGCCCUGGUGGGAUGGAGGCCCCAGCUGAGGGAGCCUGUCGGCAGCAUUGAGCUUCACCUGCUGCAGAGGCCAGCUCAGCUGGGACCUGCCCGCCCCGGGCCCUCUGGUUAACCAGGGUCACAGGGCUGUGAUGGGAGCGGUCAGCCCUGCUGGCCACGGUGGCCCUCCCUGCAGGAGCUAGAGGAAGGAAGAAAGGACUGGGCCACACUUCCUGGCUCCUUUGCUCUCCAAGCUCCUAACUCCUAAACGUAGGUUUUCCCUGCUCCCCUCCGAAAUCACAUUCUAGAAGUUCGCCUAGUAUCUGCCAAAUUGCAGCUUUUCUUUUCCGCAGUCUCCUUGGAAACUUGCCUCUGGUCAAGCCUGUCUCUCCACUAACCCUUCUCUCUGGAACCUGAGAUGGAGGCAGCCUCCAGUCCUCAGCCCUUCUCUUUCCUCCCAUAUUUUUGGGUGGAGAACAGGACUGCUGGGUGGGUCUGUGUGUCAACCUUUAAAGGCUGCAGCUGUGCUGGUGCCCAGGUGCCUUCUCUGAGCUGGGCUGUGGGUUUGCUCAGGGUCUGGGAUGUUUGGUGUCUUCCCAGAGAUGGGGUGACCUGCCCAAGGGGAGCCAAUUUGCCAUCCAGAGAACUUGAUCUGCUCUCUGCUGAAGAGACUAGGCAGCCCCACAUGGUGCUGAGCCCAGAAAACUGCAGCCUGAGUUCUCCAGAAAGUGACCAGGUUAGGGCCACCAUGUAGAACAAGGGCAGGUCUCACGCCCCAGAUGGGCGGUGGCCUGGGUAGGCACUGUGGUACUCAGCCUGCUCCAGGAGCCCUGCUUCUGUUGAGCGUUCUGUGCCCAGAGGACUCGUCCUCAUUCCCUUGCAGUUACGGGGUCCAGUUCCAACUAAAGCUUCUGGGGAAACUGGGCUUGCAUGGCAUUUGGCCAUUAGUUCCUUCUUACUAAAUGAAGAAGCGGUGCCUAUAGGCACUGGGGGCACAAAGCCCCCUGAUUCAGAUAGCAGAGCUGGAGCGGCCUCCCCAGACAUUAAAUCUCUUACUUGCUCAAGUCUAACGCACAAGUCAGGUUUCUGUUCCCUACGACGGAGUGUCUUCUGAUGCCACUUAAUAGGAACAAUUAUGAAGUGAGCUCACAUGUGGAGAUAAUAAAGAAUAAAUCACCUGUCCCUUGAA